GCUAUCCCUACUGACGUGUCGGACCAACGCGUCCGCCGCUUGCAACCUGUCAUUUUUUGUCUUCGUGGAACUCGCCUAGAAAAACUUUUUUGCAAACAAAAAACUGUAGACUUGCUUUGCUUAUUGUUCGUAACAAAACAAAUAACAAAGGCACAAACAUGGGUAUAGCCAGCAUGUUGCAGAUAGACGAAAUGAUGGGCGACUUUAAUCGCAUGAAUAAGCGUCAGUCACUUUAUCAAGUGCUAAGCUUUGCCAUGAUCGUCUCCUCGGCCCUGAUGAUAUGGAAGGGUCUUAUGGUUGUCACCGGCAGUGAAUCGCCCAUUGUUGUUGUCUUGAGCGGCAGCAUGGAGCCGGCUUUUCAUCGUGGCGAUUUGUUGUUCCUCACCAACUAUAAGGAAGAGCCGGUGCGUGUUGGCGAGAUUGUGGUCUUCAAGGUGGAGGGACGGGACAUACCCAUAGUGCAUCGUGUGAUCAAGUUGCACGAGAAGGAAGAUGGUUCCGUUAAGUUCCUGACCAAGGGUGACAACAACAAUGUGGAUGACCGAGGACUGUAUGCGCCAGGACAGCUCUGGUUGACCAAGAAGGACAUAGUAGGCCGCGCCAGAGGGUUUCUGCCAUAUGUUGGCAUUAUCACGAUCUUCAUGAACGAAUAUCCAAAAGUUAAGUGGGCUAUACUCUCGAUUCUGGCAAUAUUUGUGCUGCUGCAUCGAGAAUAGGACCAGUAUAGAUAUAUAGUUACAAUUUAAGUAGGAUCUGCGGGCAUUAGCUAUAUGGAUAAUGCCAGGGAUGCACAAUCUCUUGAGCCUGUUUGCAUUUCAGUUGAAUUUGUCAUUUGUUUUUUUAUAAGACACCACACACAGAAUAAGAACAAUCUUAGGUUCGAAGUUAAAUGGAAAAAAACGAGUCCGGAGCUGAAUUUCAAUAAAAGUGAAUUUUUAAAUUA